CAACGGCGCACCUUGGCAUCGGCAUCCAUAGCUCGCAAAACCAAGCCAUGUCGGACAUCCGGCAGCAGCGGCAGCAGCACGCAUACAAGAGACGUAUUCAGGCGGCACUUUUCAUUCAACAUGUUUGACCUGCUGCCUGAUCUGGAACGACUCAAGACGAAGCGGUCCAAAAAGCUAGAGGACGCCGUGGAGAAGGGCAAAGUCAAGCACGGCUUUGUUUCGGAAUUCGAACACCUAACGCGCCCACUCAAGACCACCACCGGCCGCGAAAACCGAGGCCCUGCAGCCUGCCCGAACGCAAAGCCGCUUAAACAGGAGAUAUACCGCUUCCAGCGCAGCCUCAGUCCGGGCAGUGGCGGCAGCGGGCCCGGCAGCAACGACGAGCCGUUUGGGCCGAACAGCGAGACACGAGCGCGGAUCGAGCAGAUCCAGCAAACCCCUGAUCUGACCCUGCGGUGCACAGAGCUGGACAUCCACGGCAACGUCACAGUGCGUGCCGGCGAGUUCCAGAAAUCCGAGCUCUGCGCACAACACGGCCUGCAGCCGCGCGACCUGCGCAAGAUCGACAGCAAGUUCGUCAACCAGAUGCCCGCGAUCCUCGUGCGCAAGCACGCGAUCCUCGUUAACCUGCUGCAUAUUCGGGCGUUGAUUGAAGCCGACCGCAUUGUGCUCUUUGACUCGAUCGGGGCGCCUGCCAGUUACAGCCAGAGCCUCCUGGUGUAUGAGCUGCAGGAGAGGCUGCGCAAUAGUGUUGGCCAGAGCAACGAGCCCUCGCAGCCCUUUGAGUUUCGCGCGCUUGAGGCCGUGCUCAUAAGUGUUGUGAAUUCGCUGCAGAGCGACGAGGAGGUGCUGGUCAAUUUGGUGCAGAACGUUUUGGCGUAUCUCGAAGAGAGCGUCGAUCGUUCGAAGCUGCGCGAGCUCCUGCAGUACUCCAAGAGGCUCUCGCGGUUUGAGCAGAAGGCGCUGAAUAUCCGCGAUGCCAUCGAGGAGGUAUUGGAGCAGGACGAGGAUCUGGCCGCCAUGUACCUGACGCAGAAGCUGCGGGGCCGGACGCGCGACACGAACGAGCACGAGGAGGUCGAGCUCAUGAUGGAGACGUACCUGAAGCAGGUCGAGGAAAUCGUCAACCACGUCGAGUCUGUCUCGUCGCAUGUGCGUACAACCGAAGAUGUUGUCAAUAUUAUCCUGGACUCGCAGCGCAAUAGCCUGCUGCUGCUCGAGAUCAGGCUGACUAUUUUGACCGUCGGACUGAGCACUGGAACCUUCUUGUCUGGCCUGUUUGGCAUGAAUCUGAGCCAUCCGGACGCGUUCUUUGCCGUGUCAACCAUUGCCUUCCUGGCCAUCGUCACACUAACGCUCGCCGGUCUACGCGCAAUGGGCAAGGUGCUGCGCAAGAUCAACUGAGACAGAUCGAGCCAUGGGGGCUGUCUAAAUGAAAAUUUUCUUUUUUUUUGGGGGGAGAGAAAAAAAAGCUUUUUUCUUUUUGAAAAGGGAAAAUCUCAUCGGCUCUUGGCUCUCUAGACUUUUUUUGGCUCGCUAAAAAGGCUGCACUUUAUUUUUUUAGACUCACGUGCAAAGCCUCUUUAUUUUUCUUCUGCUCUGCCGGUAUUUUUCUUAUUUGACCCUCGAGUCGACAAAAAUAUUUUUCACCCCCCUCUCCCUC